AUGCGCUGGUUGACAGGGACAGUGGCAUCUGUGCAAUCUUCAUAUGAUAAUGGCUCUGAGCCGGAUAGUGUUCGCGUAUCGCCCAGUCGCGUUCUUCCUGGCAAAGAGCCAUAUUACUCGAAUCAAGACAUCGCUGUACUCCAUGCCGUCAUCGCAGCGGCCCAGGAGAAGCUCGACCAUGCUGCAGGCCCAAAACCGCUACCCGCCGCGGCGCUGUUCAGCGCAUAUGACGAAGUUCUCCCUCAACAUGGCGUCGAUCCGGAUUCUGAUCACCAUCUCUCGGCUUUUGUAUUCAGGAUCAGUGGCGAGGAGGGUGGUGGAAGCCUGCUGGACAAGUUUCAAUCAAUCCUCAACCGCAUAGGCAUCGUACUCGAAUUCAGCGACGACUCCCUUACCUCUCCGCACGGCUAUCCCGAGCAUCCUCUGUCUCCAAAUCCAAUAGAUACUGGUCACUGGUAUCCCGACGACCUCCCCAUCAAAGAAGACGACGAUUUUCCUCACAUGAGACAUCGGGCUUACAGCGCGACUUCCCUGGACAACGACUCUGCCCCCUCAAAAAAUCGAGCCCAGGAACCGAAGAAAAAUAAGCUUGAAAAAGAUGAUCUUCCCCAUGUCCAUGUGGAGGCAGAGGUAUACCCUUCGGCCCGGAUCUCGACAACCGCCACACGACACCCCGAUCCAUAUCAUUACUAUCCGAGUCCGUUGUUCGAUCACUUGCCUCUUGAUUCCCGUGCUGUAGGCGCCGGCACUCCUGACGACGACGCAAAAGUACACCUAUUGGCAAACUCGAAACGGAAUAAUCUAGCCCCGGGGUCAGAUGAACUUCCUGGAUCUAUCAAAGAUCAAGACCAAGAUCACCAAUCUAGUGAUAGAGGAGAGAAUGAAAAGAAAUUUCAAACUACUGCAAUACCAAACAAACGAAAUACCUCCGCGAAGACGGUCGAAAGAAAUCAAAAUAACGGCAAAAAUAACGGCAUAGAUAUGCCUGCAUCUCCCGACUAUAUACCCAAAGAUGCCCCCUUAGCAUUACCUUUAAUACAGGAUGGCCCUCUACCGGCCUUUCAUUCGCUAAAUGAGACUACCUUGUCGAGACAACAACAAGAACAGCUGCUAACAAGAGCGACUCGAGCUCGCGAGAUCUACUUGGCAAGCAAAGUGUUCAACCAUUGGGCAGACAGAACCGCAGGGCGACUUGAGCGGGAAGGCGUGGCCAGAAGACAUAUGAUUCGUUUUCGCUGUUUCCAGGGCUGGAGCUGUGCGCCAAGUUUGCGAUUCCCAGUUGUCGACCAGCUGAAAGCUCUCACAGCAGUUCAGAAACUACAACGUGCUGUGUCAUAUCAAGAAGAGCAACUCCGUCUUGCGGCAUCAGCCAUCUCUCAAAGCCAUCGUGCCAGGAUUGCUUCGCGUGUCUAUGAUCAAUGGUGCUCACAUCUGAUAUCACUCGCCUGCCGUCGGAAAAUGAACAAGAAGUCAAAGCAAAAUGCGAUUUUGGCAUGGAAAUCAAGUACCUCCAGCAAUGUCAUCAAGAGCCAAGCCAUCCGCAGAUUCAAUAAGCGUGAAGGCGUUAUUACCACACUCUCAAAAUUACAAGACCACGCGGUGCUGAAUAGUCGUCAAUUUCACACAGCUAGACAGAUAGGGUCGCUCCAGCUGCUGUUUGGGUACCUCACCGAAUGGAGAGAUCAGCUACAGGUCAAAUCGCGAUCAUCGGCAUAUUGCGUCAGGACCUCCAUUGCAACGAUUAGUCGAACCUUCCAAAAUUGGAACCUAUUGGUACGAGUGCAAGCAUAUCGAUGGAACGCAGAUUUCAUAUCUGUAACACGAGCUCUUGAAAGCUGGCGAAGGCAUUAUAUACAAGAAGAGUGGAGGCGAAACGUGACUGCGAAUCACCUAAAGUCAUACCAGAUAUCAAAUGCCCUACAUAUCCUACGACGGUCCAGCAACCUCGAAGCGCAGCGGUCGCAUCUAAGUAGUCGAGCUAGGCUGUUCAUUGUCACAACACAGGUAUUGCCCAUCGUGGACUCUGCUGUGGAAAUGCGAAAAGCCCAGAUGAAGGAGUUGAUUAGGCGUUAUUUGAUGAUGAGAUAUACAGAGGUCUCUUCCGCAAGGAAAAAGCGAAACUUCUAUGAGGCUUUCGACCACUGGCGAGCCAUGACAGCUCAGGCCAUAUCCGACAAUGACGUUGUUAUCCUUUACAACUCAAAAUACUAUUAUGGUCAGCUUGACCUCGCCCUAACAAAAUGGAACAACCAAGCUGGAGAAGAUUUGGAAGUUCAGUUGGCUACAAAUCGACACUAUGCGCAGGCCAUGCUAACAACUUGGGCUGAUGCUGCCAAAGAGCAAGAGCGGAUGGAUAUGGAAUCAGUUGACAUCUGGGCCACCCGCAGGCAACGGCAGCACCUCAAAGCGUGGUCUAUUUCCACACUGCAGCGAAGUGGGCAAGCUCAUACAGCAACCAAAGCACUGCAAAGAAGACAGAAUAAACAGGACAGUGCGGCUAGGCCGAUGGAAACACCAACACGCUGGACCGGCAUGCCGUUGAACAUGUCCUUCCCCAUGUCGGCAAAACCAUUAGCCUCGUGGCGAGAACUUGAUGAAGAAUCGGCCACUUCUAGCGAUACGGAGGAGGUGGGAAUGUUGAAAUCUCCAAGCAAACCUCCCUCAAAUACAGGACGUAUAACUUUGCCAUCUACUACACCCCGGGGUCCGGUGCCACUACACUUGAAUAUUAAAGCUAUGAGAGGAGAAACCUCACCUCAACGUUGGAGCAACGGCGAAACUAACUCGAGACCAAAGCCGGAUCUAACUCAAGACACACCUCGUGGACCACAAUCAACCCCAAAGCCCAAGUUUGGCAGGUCUCUCGGUGACUUUGGUCGUUCUAUACCAGCACCACCAUCCAAUCCGAACGUGCGAUCAGCAAUAAGUUACAAGCAGUUGAAGAGUGUAUCGCUACAUUCGGCCGAACAACGCUCAAAGGCAGGGCAGCUGUACGAGUCAUUCCCAGCAGACAAACAAAGCCCGUCUAAAAAGGAAGUUGACAAAUCAAGCUUUCAAGUUUCAUAA